AUGUGGCUCUCUAGGCUUGAUCUUCAGGAGGUGGCAUUGAGAGGACUCCUAGGACGAAUGCAUCUGUUGAAGUUGUUGGAGCUGGUGGAGUUGCAACCGGAGAGACAACUGAAGCUGAGGCUGCAGAUCGGAUCGGGGCUGACCCCGGGGCCGUCGCCCGGUGCCGCCUCGCCGGCCCCCGCCUCGUCCCUACGCCCCGUCGCCGGCCGGCGCCGUCCGUCUCCGCCGGCGCCACCUCGUCUCCUCCCCACGCCGGACCGCCUCGACCUCCUCCCCGACGGCCUCACCAAGCCACGCUGUGCCCCGUCGCCGCUCGCCGUCUAUGGUGCCACCUCGCCGGCGCCGCCUCCCCGCCGGACUGCGUCGUCCUCGCCCCCGUCGCGCCGGACUACCCCGUCCCCGCCUCUCCUUCGCCGGUCCUCCCCAUGCCUCACCGCCCUCUUCUCGUCAACGGGGGUGAGCUCCCCGUCGGGCCCCAUCCGUCUCCCCCCUCCGAAAGCUGCACCACAAGCCGUCCCAUCGCCACGCCGCCGCGGACCUCUGGCCGUGAACGGCUACGCCCAGCCGUGCCUCCACGCGCGCCCUGGCUGCCCUGUGCGUGCCUUGGCCACGUGCCUCGCCCGCCUGUGCUCCGGCCACUGUCGCCGGCGCCGGGCCAUGCGCCGGCCCCCUUCACCCGCUGGCCGCAGCGCCCUGUCGUGCGGGCCGGCGCCCGUCGCCCGGUUCCGCUCGGCGCCCGAGAACCGCCACCCGCGAAACGUUAAGGCCCCUGGUUGA